GGUGACAACAAACAGUUGAACACAAAUUGCACAUGUGCCGUGAGCCGAGUACCAAAGAGCGCGUAAAAUGCCCUGGUUGAUAAUCCCAUCGAUCGAAGAGGAUAGCAGAAGUACCAUGAAACGACUCGAGAUGCGGGGACAGAGCAAAAACAAGGACUACAAGAAGCAAUUAAACUGCAGAGGAAAACUUCAACCUGGUGAAGCUCAACUGUGGUCUCAAUCACUCGACAAUCUGCUGAAAUCGAAAUAUGGAAUGGCAGCUUUCCAGGCUUUCCUGAAGCUAGAGUUCAGCUAUGAGAACAUCGAGUUUUGGUUGAUCUGCGAAGAAUACAAGAAAAUCAGGAGUUCUCGGCUCACAUCAAAGGCCAAGAAGAUAUUUGAGUGUUACAUCGAAGCUAAUGCUCCCAAGGAGAUUAACAUUGACCAUCACACCAGAGACCACAUCAGGGAAAAUGUGAGGACCCCCAACACAUCCUGUUUCGACGAGGCCCAGAAAAUUGUGUACAGGCUCAUGGAGAAGGACUCCUACCCCAGGUUUCUGCGCUCUGACAUUUACAACUCUCUGGUUGCCUCCGCUGAGGCCCGGUCAAGCUGAGGACAUGUGUCCUGCCUCAAGUUAUCGGACUAUGGCUUCUACAGAGCCCUACGUGGACUUACCAGCAACACCAUUCCAAAAAAGGAUUAUUAUUUUUUUAAUAUUCUUUUUUUUUUACCGUUGAACAUGGAAUAGACUGAAGGAUGUAUGCACAGUAGAGCGGGAACUGCUGUUAGAAACACUUUUACCCGCUAUCUGCUGAUCUGUGAAUCGGAUGUGUGCGUACACUUUGCUCAGAGCUGACUCAGUCACCAUAGCACAGCCUGCAGAGUGGUUGUGGGCGCAUGGGACUUUGCGUGCAAAAUCUUAGGGGAACUUCAGACAGGAUACUGUGUCAGUUUCACAGAUAAACAAAAAGCCUAUUGCUCUCCCAGCAGGUGACAUCAUCAGAUCUCAAUACACAUUUGACUAUGCCACACUUCUGAGGUUCUUGUCAUUUUGAGAUCGAUAACUCCAUUGUGAAAAUGUGCCUUUAUGCAAAAUGUGCCUUUAGGCAAGAUUAUGCUAUUACACAGAUGUUUCUGUUAUGCUAUUGUACAAACUCCUAUCAUAAGAAACAAUAUUAAUUUAUAUUUAUGUAUAUGUAUAUGUAUAUGUAUAUGAAUGUGUAAGAUUUUAACUUAUGACUGUGCUGUACAUAAGAACAGAUAAAGAUAAUAAAUGUUCUACAGUA